AUACUUCACGGUAUGAUGGGUAAGGGAAAUAAUAACAUGCUGGAACUAACAAACGGUUCUUGUUUCAAUGUGUUUCAGAAUAAGAACAUGUUAAAAAAUCUACCUCAAAUAGCCCUAUUCCUGGGGGCAUGUGCAGUGACGUACGUAUCGUCAGAUGCACAGCCAGCAGCAGCAGCAGCUCAACCAUUCCAUGUGAUGUGCUACUACGAUGAGCGGGCGGGCGUCGACCGAGGGAAUGACCAGGGGAAGGUGACACCGAAGAACCUGUUGUCCGGCGCCCAAUCAGAAUACUGCACUCACCUUAUCUAUGGCUUCGCAAUCGUCGGAAACGAUUCUAAGUCCAUUCAAGUCCGAAGCGCCAAAUCAGAGGAGCUUUACAAAGAUCUUGCGGCGUUGAAGACAAAGGGAAUCAAGACCCUCAUUGCCUUAGGUGGUGCUGAGGAUUCCAAAAAUUUCGAGAAGUACGUCAAAUUGGUCACAAACGUAGACAACAGGAAGGCCUUCGUUGAAAGUGUGGUUGCAUUUUUGAGCAAGCACAAAUUCGAUGGACUCUUGCUCCAGUGGGAGUACCCUGUUUGCCGUGAUGGAUCUGACUGCACAAAAGGCAGUGUCGACGAGAGAACCGGAUACGGCGAGUUGAUGAAGCAACUGAGCGAAGCCUUAAAACCCAAAAGCUUUCUUUUAGCAGCAGGCAUCUCCCCCAAGAUUGACGUUAUCGACAAAGCGUACAACGUUCAAGUUUUGACGAAAUACUUAGAUUUUGUGCUCGUGGAAGGAUACAAAUACAACCAAGGAUAUUCGAAAGUUUUCGAAACCCAAUUCUACAAUGUCAACACCACGACUGAACCCAGCGUCGUGAACACCAUCAUGCAGUUGCACACCAAAGGCGUCCCCCUCAAGAAGCAAGUCCUUGGCAUUAGCUUGGCUGGAAACUCAUACGUUCUUGCGGCCGCUGACAAGCAUGGCUACGGUGUCGCUGCCACCGGCCCUGGUGCUGCAGCUGAGUUCACCAAGCUUCCCGGUGUCAUGGGCUACUUCGAGGUUUGUACAAAAUACAUUGAUUUUAACCUCUUAUCUGAUCCAUAAUCAAGGAUCUUUUAGUUUUUGUUUGACCCUAAAAACAUGACCAUGCACUGAAAAAAAAUCUCUGUGUAUUUACUAAGAAAAGGGUAAAAUUGCCAAGAAUUCAGGGUUCUAUUUGAUCCCAGUUUUUUUUUGGUAAAAUUACCAUUUAUGGAAUUAUUUAUGAAAUCGUUCAUGCUUAGUAACACCAUUUAGCGAAAACUUUAGCCAAAGCUUUAGCGUUUAAAAUGUUUAUAAAAUAAAUAAAGCAGUGAUAACCAUAA